UCAUCCAACUCACUCUCUCUCUCUUUAUCUUCACAAACCUUUCUUUUCUUAGAUAUUUUCUUAUUCUUGUCUUCUUUAUCUUCUCUCUGUGUUUCUCUCUCUCUCUCAAUCUCUCUUACGUCUACGGUUGAUAUUUUUUAUAUUCUAUCCUCUCUCUCUCUCUGCUAUGUAUCAUUCUUUCAAAUUGUGUCAAUUUAUUUACACCUUAAUUUAUAUCUUUUUCCUCUCUAUCAAUUGUUGUCAUUAUUGUGCUGAUUAAUUGUCGUGUUUCUGUUUUAUUAUUCACCGAGUAGAUUAUUACAUUUACUGUGAUUACUGUGACUUUUUUGUUUCCUUCUAAUACACAACUAUAACCUCUAUCUCUCUGUCUCUCUCUUUCUCUCUCUCACCAGGUAAAAAUCAUAUUCCAGUGUCGUAAAGACUUGAAAGUUACUUGAAAAUAAUCGUUACAAUAGUGAUUUUUAGCUUCCAUUUCAAUUGCCUUUAUAUUUUAUGUGGAUAAUCAGUUGGGAUUAUAAAUGAUGAUGUUUGAUUUUCCUUGUUGAUAAAUUAGACUCAUAUAAUUGAAGGAAUAAGAAAAGACGUUUAUUAUCAUCUUAUCCGGUUCGCAAGUGGAUUAUGUCUCAACACAGUGAUGAAGCGACGCUGGUCUCCAGUAGUGACAGUUUCUGGGAACCAGGAAACUAUAAAAGAACAACGAAACGAACGGAAGAUGGUUUCAAAUUGUGUAAUGAUUUAAUUCAAUUAGUUAGUGAGAGAAGUGAAAUCGAGAAAAAUUAUGGUAAAUCUUUACGUGGAUGGGCCAAGAAAUGGAAUGAACAAAUUGAGAAAGGACCAGAAUAUGGAACCAUGGAAGCUGCUUGGAAAGGAGUUAAUUUAGAAGCUGAAAGGAGAUGUAAUAUUCAUUUACAAAUUAAGGAUAAAUUAGUUGAAGAUGUUGUUCCUCAAAUAAAACAAUGGCAAAAGGAUAAUUACCAUAAAUCAAUGAUACAAUUAAAGGAGAAAAAAGAUUUCGAUGAUGCCUUUAAAAAAGCUCAAAAAACAUGGGCUAAACAUUUUGAAAAAGUCAACAAAGCUAAAAUUGAUUAUCAUACAGCCUGUAAAAAUGAACGAUCAGCGGUUAACCAAGAGCGGAAUGCAUCCGGAGACACUUCCCUCUCACCUGACCAGGUCAAAAAAUUACAAGAUCGAGUUGCUAAAUGUAAAGAGGAAGUACAAAAAACGAAAGAAAAAUAUGAACAGUCUCUCAAAGAGAUUAGUGAUUAUAAUGCCAAGUAUAUUGAAGAUAUGACCGUUGUAUUUGAUAAGUGCCAGGAAUUUGAACAUAAGCGUCUCGAUUUUUUCAAGAAGAUGCUAUUCGCCAUCCAUGACUGCCUUAAUAUCUCCGCCAAUCCCGAAUUACCUUUAAUCUAUGAAGAGUACAGACACACAAUACAAAACGCCGAUGCCUGUAAAGACCUCAGAUUAUGGUCAAAUAAUAACGGUGUCGGAAUGACCAUGAAUUGGCCAAUAUUUGAGGAAUAUUGUGAAGAGUUUCGAGAUAUAAUUGGUAAACCAAGCAAGAAAAGCACCAUCGCCGAAACUGGUAUUACUCUUGUAAAUCAACAUAAAUUCAACGAGGAAUUACCUGAAUAUGCAUCUGAUUUACCAACAAGUAAUAAGGAUAAGAAAUUAAAAGGAGAUAAUUCAAAUGUCGUGGAGCAAAACAAUUUAACUAAUGGUAGCAAUGGAAUUACCAACAAUCAGAACAAUCAAAAUGAAAUUAACAACAAAAACUCCAAUAACAUUAAUAACGAUGAUACCGAAAUAGAUUCUCAUAUUAACACAAAUGGUAAAACUGAUAGCAAUCCAUUUGAUGAUGAACGGGAAGAGUGGGAUGAUUAUGCUAAUGAUGCCUUAGUGGACAAUGGUGAGCCCGGUGUCCCUGUAAGAGCCUUAUAUGAUUACGAAGGAGCUGAAUCUGACGAAUUAUCUUUUAAACAAGGUGAUAUAUUUGAAAAAUUAGAAGAUGAAGAUGAACAAGGUUGGUGUAAAGGACGUAAAGAUGGACGCGUUGGCCUUUAUCCCGCCAAUUAUGUCAAAUUAGUUUGUUAAUUUGUCGACGAUUGUUAAUGUUGACCAACUUAUAUCACAUCACAUUCAUCAUCUUCCACCUUUUCAAUCAACAUCCAAAAAAAACAUCAACGAUAAUAUUGAUGAUCAUGGAAAUUUUUCUAGUUCAUUUUGUCCAAUGAACACUAAUUUAAUUUAAUUUGGUUAAAAAUUUAGUUUUCUGACCUACUGAUUACUAAAAUGCCUAUGGAAAACAACAAUUACCAUUUUAAUUAGAUGAAAAUAAGUGAAUAAGAUAAUUUCACAAUUCGUUUUUUGCUGAUCAAUCCCAAAUUCUAUCAUAACUAUUAUACAAUAACUUAAAAAUUAAUCAAUUUUUAUCAUCA